CAAAACUAUUCACUCAUUUGUGAAUAAUUGAAGGCUGCCCAUACGUAUGAAGCUCUCAACUCUCAAGAAGAAAAGAAAAUAAAUUCAUUGUAUUAUUAGAGGGACCCAUGCAAUAGUAAUACUUUGAAUUCCUUCCAUACAAUUGAAGCUCAACAUACGUAUCAUCUUGUUCAUUGAGCAACAAACCAAGAGAAGCUACAACAACUUUCAUUUCAGGCGCCGCAUGGAAGAAGAAAAAUGAAUCCGGAGCACUAUUCUUCAAUAGGAACUCAAUUCCAUCACCAUCUUCAUCACAAGACUUUUUGCUCCAAGCUAUUCUAAAAUUUCCUAUAUAAAGGACCAUUCCAGAGCUGCAAAAGAUAACCAAUUCAGAGAGAAAUCUUCUUCCUCUUUUCUUUAGCUUUGUUCAUAGUAGUAGUCAUAUAAUAAAAGUGAUUCUGUCAAGAACACUUUCUGUAAAUUUCAGUUCGUAAUUUUCAUUUCCAGAAUUUUAGUUCUUUAAUUUCAACAAUCAAGUUCAUUUGGGAAGUAUCAGCCAGAAUCAUUCUCAGCUUAAGGAUUUUACUUUCUCUAUUCCAUCUCAUUAUUUAUGCCAUCAGUUGAUAUGUUCCACCGUUUUGGAUGCUGAAUCCCUCAGGAGACUAGAAGACAUUGUUCCUAUUCUGAUGUGUAAUCUGGAAAAGAUACUGCCCCCAUCAUUUUUUGAUGUAAUGGAACAUCUUCUAAUACAUCUUCCGUAUGAGGCUUUGAAUGGAGGGCUCGUCUUCUAUCGUUGGAUGUACAAAUUCAAAAGAUUUCUGGGAGAUUUGAAAAAGAAAGUGACCAACAAGGCACACAUUGAGGCUUCAAUUUGUCAAGCAUAUAUUCAACAAGAAACCUCAACGUUUUCAUCUUUUUAUUUUGAGCGUGACGUCUUCAGUAAAAGAAAGAGACCUGCUCGGAACGAUGACAUUGACGAGGAUUUAUAUGACAAAGUAGUUCUUAUUUUCAACUACCCAGGUAGAGGUAAAGGAGCUGCGACUUACCGUUACAUCGUGGGCGGAGAAAUAAAAAUUGCACAUACUUACAUCCUCAUGAAUUGUCCAAAAAUCUUACCAUUUUAUAAUGAAUUUAGAGCGUCUUUAUCAGCAUUUCCUGAUGAUGCAAUUGAUGCAAUGGUGGACUCUGACUUUGCAUUAUGGUACCAACAGUAGAUCAGGUACCGUGGGAUUAACGACCCUCUGUUAGUAUCAUUAUCGUGGGGACCUUCUUCCUAUGCAAAGGUUUGGCAUUCAUAUGUGAUAAACGGUUAUACGUAUCACACAGUCGAAUAUGGAGAAGGUCGACCAACAAUGAACAGCGGAUUAUGUGUCCCGACCAUCGGUUCUGAUAACUCGGAAACCAAUUUUUUUGGUUUCUUGCAUGAGAUUCUCGAACUUCAAAUGCCUUUUGGUUUGCAAGAAUUGACAUGCGUGUUGUUUCGUUGCACAUGGGUCGACCCUACACGUGGCGUGAGAAAAAAUUCAAAGUAUAAUAUAAUUGACGUCAACCACUCUCGUGUGUAUCAGAAAAAUGAGCCUUUUAUACUCGCUCAACAAGCAGCCCAAGUUUAUUAUGCAGAGUAUCCUUCAACGAGGCGCACACGGAACCCUUGGGUGUGUGCCAUUAAUAUCCGUCCGAGCAAAAUUGUAACACAGGCUCAACACAAGGAUAUUGACUUUGAUGCUUUUCAGCAAGAUUUUUUCCAACCUCCGCCUAUUGCUGACACGGUCAACCAUAACAUUCAGUUAAGUGACCCAAAUGGCGGAGAUGUUGAAGUCAUGCCUGAAACACACCUUCCGCCCCCUAUACCUCAAAAUGAGCGCGAAAUUGAAGAAUUAUAUAUACAGCAACUGCACGAUGACCAGGAGGAAGAAGAAGAAUGGAUAUAUGAUGAUGAAGAUACAGAAGAAGAAGUUGGCUAUCAAGAAAAUACUGAUUCUGAUAGCGAUUAAAUGUAUAGUUAACAACCAAUGUAAUUACUUUUAAUUGAACUAUUUUAAUUUGAAUUUUUAACUUUCUUUCGUCAUUAUUAUAUUAUUUCAAGAU